AUGGGAGUGGGCAUAUUACAAGAAAAUGAUUUUGAAUUUGUUGGCAUUUCUGCAAAACCGAAUACCAGAAGAAGACUUGUGGCAUCGUCCACACCCAUGGCUGCCUCAGCCGGAAUGGAUUCACUGGGGCUCCUAGUCACAACCCUGGUGAUAGUUAGCUAUGUAGCUGCUCAGAACCCUUGUGAAUUAACAACUGGCUCAAGUACAGCUUCCAACCCUACUAUAAGACUUGAUUUCGAUGAAGCUACUGCCACUGACCUGCUAAACUUAGAUGCUUUCACUGCGUUCAGUACUAUCUUUGGAACCCUAAGUCCUGGUGUCAAUCAGAUAAGUCUGACCAUUAUUGAUGAGGCAACUAUCAAGGAAAACGAACCCAAUGGAACAUCUCACUUCCAGCUUGUUGAACAAGAUCUAUCGAGUCCAAUCAAUGGAGAGACAAAGGGUGUCUUCAUUCGACUCUUUGCCCCAGUAGACAGAGAUGGUGCUGACUUCAGAAUCUCUGAUGAUGUAGAUGUCGCGUCAUUUAAGCUGCAAUGUAGAAAUGUCCUCGACACAACGACAACUAUCACUUACAAUGUGUUGGUGACAAUAAAUGAUAUUAAUGACAAUACACCUGAAUUUGAGGGGUUACCUUACCAGACUAACGUGGAUGAGUUGGCUGUGGUGGGAACAACCAUUUUUCAAGAUAUCUUUGCCAUUGACAAAGAUGCUGGAAAUAACAGAAAAAUAAUUUAUGGACUUUUGCCGGGAGUUGGCUCAAGCAAAUUCUCUCUAGACACCAACUUCUUAAAGAUUGCCAGUCCGUUAGAUUAUGAAUCCCUUGGCACCAACAAAUUUUACCUACUGGAAGUCACAGCUACAGUAAGUUUUGAGUAUCCAGGUCAGAUUGUUAACUUGGUGGAAUCAUCAGGUCAGAUUAUAAACUUGGUGGAAUCAUCAGGUCAGAUUGUAAACUUUGUGGAAGGAAUGAUCAGGUCAGAUUGUAAACUUGGUGGAAUCAUCAGGUCAGAUUGUAAACUUGGUGGGAAUCAUCAGGACAGCGCUCCAGCAGGUACACAGAGGACUGCAACAGCAACAGUGACAGUCAACAUCAUGGAUGCAGAUGACCUUAGUCCGGUGUUUGAGUAUGCAGGCUGUACAGUGUUCAAUAAUUUUUGUGUGUUUCCACAAUACACUUCUUCAAUUACAUCUGGCACAACGUCUACUCUAAUAAUUAACAGAAAGGGAGAUACCACUACCCCUAUUGAUAUCCGGGCACGGGACAGAGAUUCACUCAACUAUCCUAUCAGCUUUUCCAUUUUGGAUACAUAUCCACCUAACCUUGGGUCGAGAUUUUCACUGUCUGAAGGACCAAAUAGCAAUGGCUUAUACACCACAUUCAUCAGCGUCAAUACUCCUUUGAACAUAGGCAGUGAGCCCAAUGUGGUUGUCUUCAUCCUGGCACAAGAGUCUGGUCAAUCUGGAAACAACCGUACCACUGAGGCAGUACUGGAACUAACUGUAAACCCUGCCAAUGUACUUGCACCGGACGUGACUGUACCAUUUACUGGUUAUGUUGAUGAAAAUGUACCACUCAACACAGUGGUACAAAAUCAAGCAGGAACACAGUUGCUUCGCCUGAUCGUCGCUGACCGUGACUUGGCGGAUCCUUCGGAUGGUACAUAUGAUUAUGCUGUGAGUGGGACCAGUAACUUUGGUGUGACAGCAGAUGGAUACAUAGUAGUGACAGGAGACUUGAAUUAUGAAGCUGUGCCUUUUCCCAAGUCUUUUACAUUUACGGUACAAGUAACAGAGACCCACACCGCUGUGCCAUUGUCAACUAGUGUGUCUGUGACUGUGUUUGUCAGGGAUGUGAAUGACUUGGCUCCAGCCUUCACAGGAAGAGGUUAUGCGGAUACUGUUGUAGCCGGCGAUUAUUCAGCUUCACCAAGCAGUCUUAUAGCUGUCACAGCUACAGAUGGUGAUACAGGAGAUUUUGGAACGGUACGCUACACAAUUUUUUCUGGUGAUACGAGUGUUUUUGCAAUUGAUAAUAUAAAUGGCCUGUUGUCUGUGAUUGGAACUGCUGUCAAGGACGAAGUUUAUACCGUGGAAGUACAAGCUAGUGACUCGCCUAACACUCCAGUUGGCAGAUUAUCUACAGUUACAGCUGUUACUAUUACUGUGACACCAUCGGGUACUGAGGCUCCAGUUAUACCUGCCAGUACUUACACUGUGACAGUCAGCGAAGGAGUGAAUGUCGCUUCUUCCAUCUUCACUGUUCCGGCCUCUGACCCUGAAGGUCAAGCUUUGACCUUUAGCUUUAUUUCUGGAAACAACCCGGCACAUUUCGCGAUCGAUAACACUGGAAAGAUCACUAACAUAGUCCAACUGGAUCGGGAGACACGUAGUUCAUAUACUUUGGGUGUUGUAGUGACAGACCAAACAUUAUUGACCGACACAGCCACAGUCGAUAUUACAGUGACAGAUAUCAAUGACUUCCGGCCAUUUUUCAAUCAGGCUCAGUAUACAUUCCAAGUUGCUGAAGAGCAAGUUGGUGCCACUGUUGGCGAAGUUGAGGCAUUUGAUAAUGAUGAAGGAGCCAAUGGGCAAUUGGAUUACUCUAUUUCUCAAGUUUCUACAGGCUCACUAUUUUCGAUCAGUAGUAAUGGUAUCAUAACUACAGCUCAGGCUUUGGAUUAUGAAUCCCAGACACAACACAUCAUCCUUGUUCUAGCAACAGACCGAGGAAAUCCUCAGCGGACAGGGACAGCCUCUGUCACAAUCAAUGUCCUGGAUAUUCAGGAUAAUGUGCCACAAUUUGUUGAAAGAAGUUAUACAGUUUUAAUGAAUGAGAACUUACCAGCUGGCACAAGUGUAAUUAAUGUACAGGCACUUGAUGCAGAUACCACUGAUGCCAUCACUUACAAGUUUUCUACUGGGAGUUUCAGUCCUUUUACUAUCAACCCGGGAUCAGGGUUGAUAACACUCAACACACCAUUAAAUUUUGAAGUUGUGCCGCUUUACAUUUUCACGGUUACAACCAACGAAGGCGAGACAAGUUUGCUGCCAUCAGUUUCCACCACAGUCACUGUGUCUGUCGUUGAUUUGAAUGAUGCUGACCCAAUCUUGUCGGUAGCAUCAGCAGAUGUUACUGUAGAUGAGAAUAUAGCUGUGGGUACUUACACUUUGUUUGAUGUUGAUGCAACAGAUGCAGAUCCCGCUAACACAGAAAACAGCAGAGUAACUUUUUCCAUCACUGGUGUCAAUUCAAACAGUCCUUCAAAUCCAAACAGUGGAGAUAAUCUCUUUACCAUCAAUUCUGAUACAGGAGUUAUUUCCCUCGCUCAGCCUUUGACAUCAGAUGCUACUAGAGCUACUGUUUACAAUAUAAAUGUGGAAGGCCGCGACCAUGGAGUGCCAAUAAGGACUGGGACUACAACUUUGACGUUAAAUGUUGUCAGGAACAAUGCCCCAGUGUUCCCUGCCCCACUGACAAGAACCGUGGACAGCAAUGCACCCUUCCCAAAUGUGCUGUUUACAUUUGCAGCCAUUGAUAAUGAUGCGGGUGCGUUUGGAAUUCUGACAUAUUCACUGAUUGCCGAUGGACGGGUUCCAAAUCAUUUUGAAGUUGGAUCAUCAAAUGGUGCAAUCAGCCUUAGGAGUUCUCUGUUGACUGAUGAUUCUGAUGCAUACUAUCUUCGUGUGGUGGCUGUUGACGGUGGUGAUCUGUCAGCUACAGGUACAGUCACAGUCAGUGUAAACAGAAAUCUGUUUAAUCCUUCUUUCAAUGGUGCUGGACCAUUCAAUUUCGCUACAUCAGUACUGGAGAAUGCACCUCUGCUUCAGUCUGUAUUCCAACUGGCUGGUAGUGAUGCUGAUCAACAGUCUCCUUACAACCAGAUUACAUAUAGUAUUGUGGGUGAUACUUUAGCACAACAAUACUUCCUUAUCACGGAAACCGGGCAACUUCAGCUGAAAAGAUCCCCUGCUGACAAUCAAGGCAUUUCUUCCUUCACUGUUACAGUAGGCCUUCAGGAUCAAGGAGUACCACCGAGGACUGCUACAUCAAAUGCUGUGGUCACAGUUAAUGUCCUUAGAAACACACUACCACCUAUAUUUUUCAAUCAGACAUAUACAAGGAGUCUCAAUGAAAAUGUCCCCUCUGGAACAAAUGUUGUUACAGUUAUUGCCACGGAUGCAAACACACAGCCAGAGUUUAAUACCAUCACUUAUUCCUUAUUUGAUUCCUCGAAUCUGUUUUCCAUCAGUUCUAAUGGUCAGAUCACCACAGCAGGUGAUUUGGAAACCCCAACACAGGAUCUAUACACAUUAGUGGUAGUUGCCAGUGACAAUGGUAGUCCUGCCCGUGAAGCUACUGCAUACGUCUACGUAACAAUUUUACGAAACUUCUUCAACCCGGUGUGGUCAGUAACAAGCUUCUCUGAUCAGAUCCUUGAGACUCAAACUCCAGGUACAAGCUUGACUGGAGUAAACCUGCUUGGUGGCAUCGAAGACAGAGACACUAAAGCUCCAGGAAACACCAUCAACUUCAGAAUGAAUACAGGUACUACACCUGCAAAAUCACAGCAAUAUUUCCAGGUGUCCGCUUCAGGAGAUAUUUCUGUUAAGGAAGAUCUUAGAACAGAUGGAGAUAAUUUAUAUCUGUUGUAUAUAGAUGCCUAUGAUUUGGGGUCUCCAUCCAGAGAAAGUGUUCAGACUGCCACUGUUUCUAUUGCUGUAACCCGAAAUGAUGCUCCGACAUUUACAAAUCCUACUUUUACACAAACUGUCACAGCCAGCAUUAAUCAGGGCUCUACUGUUUUUACACUUACUGCUCAGGAUCCCAAUAUUGGUGUUCCUGAAUUUAACCAACUAACUUUCACCUUGUUGGGAAUUGAUACAGCCUUGACAUACUUUGAACUCGGUUCUCGUACUGCAAACACCGUAAAUAUUGUCAGUCGAAGCUCUCUGCUUGCUGUGACUGAAGAUACUUUCAAGCUUUUGGUGCGUGUACAAGACAAUGGUUCGCCAUCCCUCAGCAAUCAGAAUAUCGUCACACUUACAAUGCUGAAGAACUUGAAUGCACCCGAGUUCAUUGUACAGAACUAUAACCAAACAAUUCUGGAGACACAAACUGUUGGCAGCAACAUUGGAGUGCAGGUUCGGGGCAGAGAUGCAGAUGCAUUGCCACCACAUAAUGUUGUCAAGUAUGAGGCACUUGGAGAAGCAGCAACCUUGACUUAUUUUGCCAUAAACAGUAAUGAUGGUCAAAUUUCUGUCAUUCGACCUCUGACACUUGAAGAAAAUGAUAGGACUUAUGUUAUGCGGGUGAUUUUGAGAGAUUCUUCCUUGCUGUCACAACAGACAGGAACAGUAUCCAUAACUGUACGACGAAAUAAUUUUGACCCUUUUUUCACAAAUCUACCUUCUGUAGAGUCUGUUGCAAGGACUGCCCAGCCUGGUGCCAGUCUUUUUACUGUUCUUGCUACAGAUGCAGACUCGGUUACUCCAUUCAAUAGUGUACAAUAUGCUAUUGUGGCUGGGAAUACCGGUAAUGUGUUCAACAUUAACAGCAAUACAGGGGCAGUUACUCUGGGCCAGUCUCUCCCAAGUCUCACUGUAGCUACUUAUGUAUUGUCAAUCAUGGCCUAUGAUCAAGGGGUGCCUAGUCGUGUGGCCUACAGCUCACUGACAUUCAAUGUGGACAGUAACCUUGAGACACCUAGGAUAACUAAACCCACAGCUGGUGCACUUUAUCAGGAUACAGUUAACAUCAUUGAAACAAUUCAGUUUGAGUCACUAGUGUAUGAUGUUGUAGCUGUGGACACUGAUAAUACGAGUCCAUACAACACUUUGACCUAUUCAAUUGUGGGGACUGGGAAAGGUCCGGAUUACUUUUCUAUCAACCCAGACAAUGGAGAGAUUCGAAUCAAGGCAUCAUUGUUGCAGGACUCGGCUAGAGAUACAACAUAUACUGUUCUUGUAAGUGUUCAAGAUGGUGGCAGUCCGCCCAAGGUUGCUGUCAAUACUGCAACUAUCACUAUCAUCGUAGACAGGAAUGACUUUGCUCCACAGUGGCAGAACUUGCCAUACAAUAUGAUAGUUCCAGAAAACAUCGGAGUCAACAAUGUAUUAAACUCUGUUCAAGCUCAAGCCACAGAUGCUGAUACCUUUUACAAUGUAGUACGCUAUGAAGUGAUUGGUUUUGGGAGUGCACCUGUUUACUUUCAAGUGAAUGAGGUGACAGGUUCCAUAUCAGUGAGGUCAGCACUGUCAGGAAGCUCGGAAGAAGUGUUCUACGUUCGUGUUCGAGCUUAUGAUAAUGGAAGUCCUCCUAAAGAAAACACAACAACUGUAACCUUAUCCAUCGAGCGCAACCUUUUCGCUCCAACUGUGGACUCGCCAAGCAUUACGGAACGAAUUCCAGCAACACAGGCUUUAGGAGUUUCAGUGGUAGACAUACCAGCUACAGAUGGGGAUAGCCAGGCGCCGAACAACGUUAUUCGUUACAACCUCACUGCCUCAGCUGCUGUACUGGAAUUCUUUGACAUUGAUGUUGUGAAUGGGUUUAUUUAUGUUAAGAAGUCUCUAACGCUUGAUACAGCAGAGACCCAACAAUUCACGAUGAGUGUUUCUGUUUACGACAUGGGAACAGUUUCAAAAACAUCGCCUUCAUCCACAGCAGUUAUCAUCAAUGUGUACAGGAACAGGAACGCUCCAUUCUUUAGUGCCCCAAAUUAUGCUACCACUAUUUCAGAGGGGCGUGCUGUCGGUGACAAUAUUCUUCCAAUCGGGUUUGGAGACAGCGACACGGAC